UAAAACAUGGCGGAAGAUAUGUUACUGCUACUGCUUUGGACAGUUCUGGCGGUUUUAUUCGGAAUUUAUACGUUCUGGAAGUAUCUUAGAUCAGGGAAUAUCAACUCACAGAAAAAAUUAACGGUUCAAGCCUCCGAAAAUGUAAAAGAGGCGCGUUUGAAAUAUUUUAUCGGUAACCAAGAAGGAGUCCGAAGCGAAACUCGUGACAUACAUGUGUCUACUAAUUCCGGUGAAAAGGAUGAGAGUAUUUCCCCGGAAGAACUGAGAGAAGAGGAAAGAGAACCAGACGUUUCGGAAGCAAAAAUAAAUUCUGAAGCUCGUCAGCCUUCUAUGCAGUAUGCCAAGCUCAUUGACGGACCAAGUAAAAUGAGCGGAAGCAGGCAAGUCGCCGACAACAGUUUCGAUCCGGAAACGGGUAUGCCGGUUACUCGACCUCUUAAAACAUUAGACGAGGCCUUGUCUUGGAGACAGGGAUUUGACUUUUUUAACGUAGCCUCGGUUCCAUUGAGUGAACAGGGCAGAAAGAUAGAGAAGAGGCCUCGGACUUUAGUGUGUCAUGACAUGAAAGGAGGGUACACUUAUGACAGGUUUGUUCAAGGCUACCCCUCGUGCGAUUGUUAUCGGAUAUACCACUGGCAGUUUAUCGACGUAUUUGUGUACUUCAGUCAUCACUUUGUUACAAUACCACCCCCGUGUUGGACCAAUGCUGCCCACACCCAUGGGGUACCAAUUUUAGGAACUCUGAUCACAGAGAACACUGAUGGUGUGGCUAUGUGCAGCAAGUUUUUGGAGGAUACAUCAUCAUUGGAGGCUCUCGUGAAUCAACUUGUUGAUAUAGCUGAGUAUUAUGGAUUUGAUGGAUGGCUUUUAAACAUUGAAAACCCUAUUCAGCCAGUCCAGAUCAACAAUCUUGAAGAAUUUGUGAAGAGCUUGACUACAAAGAUGCAUCAAAGCAUCCCUAAUUCCCUUGUCAUCUGGUAUGACAGUGUAACUUACAAAGGAGACCUUAGUUGGCAAAAUGAGCUGAAUGCUAAAAACCGAGUUUUUUUUGAUGCAUGCGAUGGAAUAUUUUUGAACUACAACUGGUCAGAGGCUCACUUGAUGAGAUCAGCUGCUGCUGCUGGACGAGCACGUCAAACUGAUGUCUAUGUUGGGGUGGAUGUUUUUGGGCGUGGCUGUUAUGGGGGUGGUGGUUAUAACUCUAAAGUGGCUUUUAAAGUGUUUAGAGAGGAGAAGUUAUCUGCAGCACUGUUUGCUCCAGGAUGGGUUAUGGAGAAACACGGGAGUGAACAUUUCACUGUAAAUAAUGACAAGUUUUGGAAUCUUUUGGCUCCCUAUUGCACUGUACGCACCUCUAUAGUAAAGUUGCCCCUUGUAACAUCCAUUUGCCGUGGUUAUGGAAAGACUGCUAGCAUUGAUGGAAAGGCUGUUUAAAACGGAUUUGCCCAUAACAGGACCUUUUCUGGUGUCAUUCUCUUUCAAGUUGUGUCCAAGUGUUCCGUUGGUUGUGGCGCUCCAGCUUCAUCUAGACAAAAUGCCAACUUACAUUGUUCUCUGUCCUACCUCACCAGAUGAUCAAGAUCCUGGUAACUCAGAGGAAACUGAACAAAAUGACAAGCUGAUUCGUCGAUAUGGUGUACCGAAGUCCCGGCUGUUAACGUCAUCAGUGUUCAUGUCUCCUAUUGGUCAGGAGCAUUAUAGAUUGUUUCAACCUCUGACCGGUUCUUUCCAUGACUCAGUGCAGCAGGCUCACGGAUUAAAUGAAAGCAGAGCUGACUGCGUUUCUGAUUGGUGCACAAGGUAUUACCUGAUUGCUGAAAAAGAGUUAGUGGGUCUCAAAGUUCAAGAAGUUCGAGUGAUUUGUGCUUUAUCUCCUGGUGCGCAAACUACAGGAGCAUUCAAACUUCACGUUGGAGAAAUUAAGAUUAUUGAUCCACGAGUUAUCAUACAACCGAUUGCGUUAGCAAAGAAUCUAAGAUACCAGGACAUCGAAUGGAUUUCCACGGACGACGGGUACCUCUUGAGCCUUACUCUCAUUUGGCAUUGUCCAAUCAGCGAUGGCCAGUGUGACGAACCUGCGCACUACAACAUAUUUAGGGUGGCAGAGGGAUCCAGUGUUUUUUUGGGUCGAGCAUUUGUGGAGGCGUAUCGGAUUGGUCAGAUAGCUGUGUCGAAAACAUGUUCCUCUGUGACAUUUGCUGUGCAGAUUGUGACCAGAUCUGGUCGAAAGAGGCCUCCUAGCCAAUGUAGCCACUUUACAUUAAAGUGGUAAAUGGUAAUUGUCAAACUCUUGGCUAAGAAAUUAGCCAAUUUGCUCGGGAAGAAGAAAAAUCUCAAAACGAAUAUUAUAAAACCAUUAGAAGGUGAUAAGUUAUGGAAAAAGCUAGUACGAAGUUAAAAAUAAAAAAAAGAGAGUAUUGCUUAGUUUUCAUUAGUCAUGACGGGUUUUAACCAAUCAGGAAAUAUUUGGUCUGAAGGGACUGGUCAUUAUUGAUCGCCUGGAGGGUGGUGUGGGGGAGGGUUUUUGGCUGUGUGUUUCCCCCCCGCCCCCUUAUUGGUAGUCAACUGACAGUCAAUUUUCUAGAGAGCCCUUUUUAUACUCUGUUGGUGACGACUGCUUUCCCCCGAAGUUCUCCGAUGCACUCAGGCGAUAAAUAUUGACUGGUCUUUAAAGCCGAGGGAAUACGAAGCAGAGCAUGCAUGUAUUGAUAUUUUAAGGAGAAAUUUUGUCUUGGUCAAUCAUGGGAGUUAAACAGUUAUUCAGAAGAAAGUUACUGUAGGUAGUCUUUUUUUAUCUUCAAAAUGGCACAUCACUGAUUCACAUUACAAAAUUUCGUGAGCGGAAAGUAUUUUUAAAACUUUUUGAAACUCCUAGUAUAGUUCCUUUUGCUGUCUUAGGAGGAUACUUAUUAAAGAUUAAAGAUUAAAGAAGUGACCGUGUAUAAAAAUAAACAAUUUUUGGGUGUCGAUGCAUUUAGCACCCCGUGCUUAUUGAAAACAAUGUAUAAUCAAAUGUAAUAAUGAAAAAAUAAUCUUUAAAGUAAUAUAUGAAUUCAUCUGUUAUGGCAGAUUGCUAAAACUAAAGCGACCUUAUGGAAACAUCUGGCUCUCUUACUGUUGUUGGUUUGGUUGCCAAACCUUUGAAAGGGGGUGAGGCUAAGAGUGACCUUGUUAUGAUACAGACGUAGCUGCUUUUCAAAUGUUAUCAUGCUAACUAGAUACUGGUCUAUCACAACAAGGUCAUCUUUAGCUUCACUCCAAAUCAAGGGCUUGGCAACGAAGUACAACUGUAAAAUGGCCUAUUACACACGCAUUUUGAUUGGUUAUUACAGGUUAUCGUAUUAAGGACAGACACAUAGAUUUUAGCGAUAGACCGUACUUUCUAUCGGUUUCCGGUCGUAGUAACCACAUAAAUCACGAGCCGGAGACAAAUGAAUUGAUUCAGUCAUUUUUCGAGUGUUCUCCAACAUCAUCCAAAGUGGAAAAUAAAGUUUGUUUUAAAAGUAGAAA